UAAUUUUUACAAAUAUGAUAGGAUUUAGGAAUGAUUACUUUUAAGUAUUUAUUUUAAUGUAUACAUAUUACAUAUAUUUUAUUAGUCUAAUUUCUAUGUUCUAUUGUGUAAUGUGUAUUGUGUAUGUAUUACGUGUGUUAUAGACAUUUUUUGCGAUAGUUAUUAGAUGUUAUGUAUACAAAUAAUUACAAAAUGAAUACUAAAAGUAUACAAGAUCUGAAUAAAGAUUUAAGUAAUUGUUUACGAAUGUUGGACUCGACUAAAAUUACAGAAAGGAAGACUACUAGAGAAGAACUCCAAAAUCUAUUAGAUUGUGAUGACGUCAUUAAUAUUCUAAAUAAUAGUAGUAUUCAAAAAUCUCAAAGCUCAGAUAAUAUUGAUGGAAAUUUAACAACAUGGAAAAGUCUUUUAUUUGGUUGCCAUAGAUGUUUAAUUGUAGAAGUUGAAAAAGAAAAUAAAAAGCAGUCAAAAACUGGAGAAACUACUAUUAAAAUUCAACAACCUAAUUUGGAUGCUUGUUCUAGCUUAUUGAAAAAUGUUAUUAACAAAGCUAAUAAAAUAAGGCCAUUUUUACGGAGUGGAGACUUAUUAAAUUGUAUUACGGAUGUAUCUAGAAAUACUAUUUAUGAAAAAUAUACUGGAGAAAUUUACUAUAAAAUCUUGGAACAAAAUGUAUUGUCACCAAGUUAUUAUUGGCCAAUUUUGGGUGAGAAUUGGAAUGAAAUAUUUAAUUUGGCAUGUGAUAUUUAUACAAAAAAAUUUACAAAUAUAUCCAUAAAAAUUAUGAAUCAUGUUAUACUUAGAGGACACAAUCACUCUAACAUCACUUUGACUGCUAAAAAAAAAUUGUUUUUGUACUUGAAAAUAGCAAUUCAAGAUAGUAUUCAAAUUAACAAGGAUUAUAGUUUCAGAGAAGAUGUUAUUAGUCUUACAUUGUCAACAUUUAAAACGAUGGGAGUUGAAUGUCGCAUAUCAUUAUGUCAGUUUUCUGAAGAAAAUGCUAUCACUUUAAUGCAUUUGUAUAAGACCGGUGGACUUAAAAAGGUUCAAAAAUGUUUGUACAAAUUACUAACCAAAUUCAUUGAAAUCCAUCACCCAAAAUCUGUGGGUAUUGGACAUAAAGCUUCAUACGUCUGUAAUGCAAAUAAUUGGACUCGUGUAUUACUUGAAAUAUAUGAAUUUGUGUAUCAAGAAAUUCAACUAAUAAAAAAUUAUUCCAUUCAAAAUUGUCAAAAAUAUGUUUCAAAAUUAGCUAUUACAGUUUUUAAUGCGGUAUAUAAUAGCAAACUAAGUACAUCUCAUGGUUGUUCUGCGCCAAAAAGACAAAAGCUUGAUAUUAAUUUACUAAACUUUGUAGACAACAUGAACCCUUUAAAAACAACAGAAACAAAAUGUAUUUGGCUCACUAUAAUCAUAAAAGUACUUGGCAGUAAUUUAGUAGCAUUCUGUGAAAAUGAAUACCUCAAUUUACUACAAUACAUCACAAAAAUAUUAAAUGUAUAUAAUAAAGAUAAGAUUUUAACUGAAAGGCUCCUUAAGUGUUGUCAAGCUGUAAUUCAAGCUGAAAAAAUUAUGUGUUUAACCGCUUCAAGUUCUAGUCAAACUGACACUUUCUACAAAAAUGUUUGGAUUUUUGCUUUUAAAAUCAUUGCAUCAAAUGAAAACUUGGAAUCAUCUCAUAGCCUUCUGCAAGCUCUCAUUAUUUCGGAUCACUGGCAUGAUGAAUUAUAUAUUGACACACUACGUCCUUAUUUUAAUAAUACAAUUAAAAUAAAUGAUAACAGUUUGAAAACUUUAAUUGUGUUAUUCAAGAAAAGAGGAUAUUCGAACAAAGCUUUUAACAAGUCUAAUAAAGACAUAUUGCUUGAAUGGUUGUUACCUACAAGUGUAAUUGUUGAACCUUUCUUAUCUUGGCCACAUUCAAAAAUUGAUCCUGAGCUACUUUCACACAUAGUUUACUAUAUGAUGACAAAUAUUAUGACCAACAAAUUAUUUUUAAACAACCAUUAUUUAGCAGCAGAAACUAAAUCAAAUUAUUUGAUGGAUAUUUAUUUUUAUCUGAAACUUCAAGAUAUUCCAAGAGUUAUGCCAAAAUCAAUUGAACAUUUAGAAAUUAUUAAUGAAAAGCAAAUAUUUGAUGAUUUAACAUGUCAAAAAUUAACAAAGUUUUUCAAAGAAGUGUUGUUAUUUGAAGAGGAUCCUAAAGCAAUAAAAUACCUUGAAAUGAUUUUAACUCAUACAAAUUUUGUGUGCUUUGUAGAAAAUCAGUUAAUGCAGCUGGAUAUUAAUCCUAUAUCUUUCGAGCCACUUAAAGUAAAGUGUUUGGAAAGAUUAAACAGUGUAUUUUCUGAACAAGAAUGGAAUUUCAAUGAUAAUGAUAAUAAGGAAUUUGUGAAUAUGUGUUCUUUAUAUUAUGAAAGAUUAAAUUCUGUUAACAAUGAAAUAUUAAAUAAAAUUAAACAUCACAAUUCAAACAAACACAUAAUGAAAAAACUUUAUAGCUUGACUGAUAUAAAUGAUUCAACAGAGACUGUUAAAGUAUUAGAUUACAAUUUACUCACAAAAAAACAAGUAUUGAGUAUAGAAGCCACAAAAGUUAUGUUAAAAGUAUGUUUGGUUGAAUGUCGUACAAAUUUUGAUCAUGAAAAAUCAUUUCUUAAAAAUCUCCUUGAUAUAUUUGAAAACUUGGAUGAUCAUUUAUUUUCUCAGCCUUGCACUUUUUACAAAGUAUCAAAUUUUAUUCAUGGUGUGUUAAGUAUAAAUAAUUUACCAGAACAAAUGUUACUUCAAACAAACAAACUCAUUAAACAACUUGCUAAACAUUGGUGCAAUCACCAGUAUGGAUUCAUUAAGAUAGUACAACUUUUACAGGGUGCUGUAACUAGAAUUAACCAAUACAGCUCAAAUAAAGUGUGUACCAGUAAUUUAUUAAUGAUCAUACAGUCUAUACAAAAAGUAUCAAUUGGUAAAAAAUGUGGCCCAACAAUGAUUUGUGCUUUUGUCAAUUUUCUUGGUCACUUUGCAUUUCCAAUCAAUGGAAGUUUUGGUACAAAUUGGUCUACAGCAAAUAUAGAAUCGUUGAGUCCUAAAUCAAUAUUAAAUUAUUUAAAAAGUUCAUUCUUAGAAGUUAGACUUACAGUAAUUAAAUAUUUAUACAUAAUAUGUGAUGCCUACGAAAAUGAUUCAAAAGCUUACAAAAUCAGUUACAAAGAGAUGAUUGAAAUUAUAUUAGAAAAUCUCCAAGAAGGGUUCAUUGUAGACGGUAAUAUUUCUGAAGAUGAACGGGAGGAUGAAUAUAUGAAUCGGAUUUCUACAUAUAUGCUGUGUAUGCAAGCAUUAAUAGUUUCAAGCAAUACAUAUAGGAAACGUUGUCUGUUUGAGAUUCUACAUACUGUUAAUAGCAAAAAUCUAAGUUUAAAUUUAGUCUACAGUGUAUUUGAAGGGAUAGAAACAGAGUUAAAAAUAAAAUGUUAUUUAGAUUUGUUAGAAGAUUAUUUAAAUUAUUUGCUGUGGGAAUGGCAUUCUAAAUAUUCUAGUCUAAAGGAAUUUCCGUUUGUAUUGUUUAACUGCACAACUUUAGACAAGUUUUAUGAUAAAUACUUGUACAAUAUUAUGCCUAUUUUCAUUGUUAGAAAUGAUAUUGCAUCAUUAAACUGUUUAAACAUGCUAGAUGACAAAAUAAAAGAACAUUUUUCAGUAAUAUAUGCUCAUUUAAUGGCUAUUAAAACAGGAGAUAAAACUAGCAUAGAUUAUGAAAAAAUACAAUUUUUCGUCGAAAAUCAUUUAGGCCAACUACUUUUUAAUGAACUAAUCAAAAUGCAGUUCUCAAAUAUUCUAUUACAAUGCAUUAAAAUGGUUGUCACUAAUGAACCAACAGACUGUCCGAUGCAAAUUGACAAAAAACAAUUAUUAAGCAUUUUUGACUAUUUUCAAAUAACAUAUGUUAAAAAUAACAUUCCAUUUUUGAUAAUCAUGUCAAAAAGACAACCUAAACUUAUCCAGACGAUUGUCCAUACAUUGUAUGUUAAUAUUUACAAAAGAACAUCAAAAGAUUUAAGAUUCCAGUCAUUUUUCCAGUAUACACAAUUUAUGAAACUUCUAAUUGAUCUACUAACAAAGGACAAUGAAUUAAAUAACUUUUUGUCUUUUCUUGUUUACCAAUCAAUUCAAGCAAUAGUAGUUUUAACAAAUCAAAAUUAUUCUGAAAUUCAACAUUUUGUUUUUGAAUAUUUAGAGUGGCUUGUAAUAAGUCAACAACGAGUGUUAUUAAAUGAGAAGAAUAUUUAUAUUAAUCAACUUUUAUCAUGUAAUUUGAGAAAUAAUGCAAAUAAACCGUCGGCUAUUGGAAAAAUAUCGUUUAAAAUUUUAAAUGUUCUUCGAGAAUUAAAUGGCUUUAACACAAACACUAUUACUACUACGAAUCCAAAUAAUAUAUGUAGUUUGCAUAAAGCUCUUACUGAUUUUCUUUCUAAAAAAAAAGAAAAUAUUGAUCCAAUUCAUAGCUUAAAACUAUUAAAGCACAAACUAAAAGCUUCUGAAGAUGAGUUACAACUUAUGUACAGAGAACUACAUGAAAUGAGGGGAUUUUCAGAAGACUGUGCUCAAAGUGUCUUGCAUUGUCUUAUUUGCUCACUUAUUCAAUAUUCGUUUGACGCUGACCAUGAGAUUAAAAUUUUAGCAGCCAGUUGUCUUGGAAUAUUGGGUCCCUCUGAGUUAACAACACUUAUAUUGCAACCAGAACCUGAAAUAUUUAAACCUAAACCAAAUACUAAUCCAGAAAACUCAUUUCUUAAGCAUAUUGUUGAGUUGUUAUUAAAUUAUUUAAGUGACGGUAACAUUUCUGUUAUGGAAGCAAGCAACAAGUCAUUGAUUAAAAUUAUGGCUACUCAAGAAAGAUGUUCUUUGUAUGAGGAAAUAGGUGCAAGUCGCUUAUAUCCAUUUAAUUACACUCAAACAACAGAAGAUGUUCCUAAUAACUUUAGCUUUGAAGAAUUCAAUAAAAAUGUUGAUGAAAAUAAUAUUUGGUGCCCAUCUGGUAUAGUUUCAACUUCAUUUGAUACUUGGAUUACACGUAUAACAAAAGCCCUUCUUAGUACCUUCGAAGGCUAUUGUCAGAGCCUAUUGCCAAUUGCUGAACAUAAACCAAUUUUUUGUGAACAAAUUUUACCACAUCUAGUUCUAUUUAUUUUAAAAUGCAAUAUUCAAACAAGGGCUGUAUUCAGUAAACACUUGAAUAACUUCUUCAUUAAGCACUAUGAAAUAAGAAAUGUAAUGACUAAUGGAUGUUGCAAUGUUGCCAAAAAUGAAAAUAACAUUUACUGGAAUAGAUCAGCUGUACAAUGUAUUUUAAAUGUAAUCAAUUUUGUCAGACUACAACAAAACAAUUUUCUACAAAAUAUAUUAGAUGUCAAUUAUCUAUAUGUGGCCCAGGCUGCACAGUUUUGUUCUGCAUACUUCACAUCUAUAUUAUACUUAGAAAUUUGGUGUGAAACAGAAAAUAUCAGCAUAGAUCGUUGGACCAUGUCAUUCAACCCUGUAGAUGUAAUCACUGAAAAAUUACCUAAAGAUGGUCUCUUGCUGCAAGUUAUUCUUAAUGAAGCGUACACAAAUAUUGGUGAUUGUGAUGCUAUUGAAGGAUGUGGUUCAGCUCAUCUUCUCACUCUUCCUUCUCGUACACAUUAUUAUCAGCUCCUCGGAAAAUGGGAUCGGGUUAUGGAAAGUUGUGAUUUACAACUUUGUUCAAGAACAGUAAACCAAGAUUAUUUGAGUGCUCUUACUAAUUCUGGACUGCAAAACAUAGCACACUCACUAACUGUACAAAGUGAUAGUCCAAAAUAUGAAUGUUGCUGGCAGCUUGGCAAUUGGAAUUUGCCAGAUAGAGGAGAUAGUUCUUUUGAAGCAUUGCACUAUCACGCAAUGCAAUGCAUCUACCAGAAAAAUCAACAAGGAGUUAUUCCACUCAUAAAUAAAGCUCGGCUGGCAGUAGUUGAAUCUCUAGCUUGCGCCAGUUUAGAAUCAACAGCAACUAUCUAUGUUCCACUCGUGAAAUUAAAAAUGCUUGAGGAUCUUGAAGACUACAUCAUGAUAAAAGACAAAAGUACUUUAUCUCUAAAUUGGCGUAAUCGAACAGCACUUAGGACAAAUGAUUUUGUGCAUUCCAAUCAAAUUCUCAUACAGCGCUCCGUCCUUCUAGAUUUUAAUGGUGAUGAUAAAUCUGGUAUAUUGCGAAUAAAUAUAGCAGAACUUGCACGUGAAGAUGACAGACUUCAAGAAGCUGGUAGACAUUUAGCAACCAUUGUGUCUUUACAAAACUAUCAAAUACACACAACUCUAUGGGCCAAAGUAGAAGAAGCAAGGCUUUUGUGGCUAAGAAAUGAUUGCCACAUAGCACGUGUACUAUUAAAAUAUGUUGUUGAAGAACUAGAAAACUAUGAAUACCCAUUUUUAAACUCUUUAGCCUUACAACUUUAUGGCUCUUGGAUUGAAGAAACAAAAUCUGAAAAUAUUUCAAAUAUAAUAAAAAGAUACUUCGAAAAGGCUAUUAAAUUACUUAAUUUUGAAUUGGAUCAACAAGAAGAAUUUGGGCUUGAGUGCAAAAAAGUAUUAUCAGAUGCACAUAAACGUUUAUCCAGAUAUACUGAUACAUUAUAUCAACAAGUAUCAAAGUAUAUAAAAACUGAAAAUCUAGAAAAGAGAUUACAUGAAGUAGAAGAAGUUAAAGAAAAAGCUAGAGCUUUAAUUAAUGUGGCUAAAUCCACUAAAAAUAAUGAAAAACUUAAAGCUGGUGCUUUGCUAAUGAAUCAAAGCUGUAUAGAUGAAAGUGAUAUAAGCAACACAAACUUAGAACGGAUGAAUUAUUUAAAACUUGCACUACGAAACUAUUUACGUUUAAUCGCAUUAGAGAGCGAGGGUGAACUGCCAAUCUACAGGAUUUUAUCAUUAUGGUUGGAAAACAAAGAUAGUCCUGAAAUAAACUUAAUGGUGAAUCAGGGAUUUGAGAAAAGCCCAUCAUAUAUGUUUGUUUCGAUACUUCCUCAACUAGUUGCUCAUUUAUCUACCAAUCUCGAACAUCAGUUUCAUAUUACAAUAGAAAGGCUUAUAAAUCGCUGUGCUAAAGAACACCCUCACCAGACAAUUCCAAUUGUUUAUGCUGUUGCCAAUUCAUGUAUAGAUCAAAAGUAUAUUGAAGGACAAGAAUCUGUAGAUGAACCUAGGAUAAAUGCUGCAAAACUGCUAAUGUCUAAUUGGAAACAUGACUCAGAUAUUAGUUAUCUAGUAACUGCUAUUGAGACAUUAUAUGAAGCUUUAAUAAAUUUAGCAUACACUAAAUUGGCAAGCUCUCCUGGUGAAAAAGCUGAAAUUCCCAAUAAUGUAGCUCUUAUGAAAAUUAAAAAUUGUAAUGCACUAUGUCCUGCUGUUACACUGCCAUUAAAUAAAAAUGGACAAUAUCCAAUUAUUAUUAGUGUUGUCAAUUUUAAAAACUCGUUUAUGAAUGCUGGCGGUAUACAUCAACCCAAAAAAAUAGAAUGUAUAUGUUCUGAUGGCAAAACUAGACCACUUUUGUUAAAAGGGAAUGAAGACAUGCGCCAAGAUGCAAUUAUGCAACAAGUAUUUGUCUUGAUGAACAGACUUCUUAAAGCAAACAAAUCAACAUCACAGAGAAAAUUAACAAUUAGAACAUACAAAGUUGUACCUUGUUCACAACAAAGUGGUAUAGCUGAAUGGUGUACGGAUACAAUGUCUCUUGGUGAUUAUUUAAUUGGUAGAAACUCAAAACCAGGUGCUCAUCAAAAAUAUAGACCUGACGACAUCCCACCGGGAGAAGCAAGAAGUAUUAUUCAAAGCUCACGUAAAGACAGUAAUUUUGCUAGAGAGAAAAAAUAUUUAGCAGUGUGCAAAAAUUUUAAACCAGUAUUUCGUUACUUUUUCUUUGAAAAAUUUAUGUAUCCCUCUAUUUGGUUUGAAAGACGACAAGCAUAUAUUCACAGUGUCGCUACUACAUCUAUGGUUGGAUAUAUAUUAGGAUUAGGUGAUCGACAUGUACAAAAUAUAUUAAUUGAUGAUAAAACAGCUGAACUCAUUCACAUUGAUUUUGGUAUAGCAUUUGAUCAAGGUUCUAUAUUAAAUACUCCAGAAACUGUGCCUUUUAGGCUGACAAGAGAUAUAGAAGAUGGCAUGGGUAUUUGUGGCAUUGAAGGAACUUUCCGAAAAUGUUGUGAGAAAACAAUGUCGGUCUUAAGACAAAAUCAAGAAGUUAUAGUUACUGUAAUUGAAGUGUUGUUGUAUGAUCCAUGUUAUCAAUGGACACUGACUACAGAAAAAGCAGCUAAAAUACAAGAUCACUCAAUCGUUUCAAACUUGAAGAACCCUGAUGAAGUAAACAAGUUAGCAGAAAGAUCUUUAAACAAAGUGCGUGUGAAGUUAUGCGGAAUAGAAGAUAUUGGAAGUACAAGCAGCGUUAGUGGACAAGUCAACAGACUUAUACAAGAAGCAAGAGAUCCUAAAAAUUUGUCACUACUAUUCCAUGGCUGGCAAGCACAUUUGUGAUCAAAAAUAAAAGUUUCUAAAAUGUGUAGUUUUAAGUUUUUCAAAAUAUUGUGGUGCUAUAAUAAAAUGUAGCUUUUUUAGCUUUCAUGCAGCUAAAAGAAAGUUUAUUUUUUAAAGUAAAACUUAUUUUGUUUAUUUAAUCUAUUUGUUCUAAUUAUCAAAACCUUUAUCUUAACCUAACCUCUGUUAAUCAGAUAAUAUAAAACUAAAUGAUGAUUUAGUAAUCCAAAGUUGAAAAAAAUAUUGUUUUAUCCCUUGAAAUAAAAAAAACUCCAAAGCUUGAACAAGUUUUUUACACAUUACAUAUUUACAAAGAAAUUGUCAAAAAUUUCCAUCAAUUGCUUUUAAAAUGGCUGAAAUUAAUCAUGCCCAAACUAUUUCAGCUUUUGUAAGGGUUGGAGUUGUGUACUUUUUUAUGCAGUUUU